AAAAACCUGAAUCUUUCGCUCAAAUACACACCAUAGCCAAUCAAGUAAAGAAAUGUUCCGGUGUAAAAGAACUAGAAUGUGUUUAUGCCACCAUGCUUAAGACCAACGCAAGCCAAGACUGUUUCCUCAUAAACCAAUUUAUCAGUUGUUGUACUUCUGUGUUUCACCGAACAGAUCUUGCAGUUUUAGCCUUUACCCAGAUGCAGGAACCCAAUGUUUUUGUGUACAAUGCAGUUAUCAGAGGCUUCGUUCAUUGUGGCUGCCCAGUUCAAGCUCUAGAAGUUUAUAUUCAUAUGUUAAGGGCUAAAGUUUUUCCCACAAGUUAUACUUUUCCAUCGUUGAUAAAAGCUUGUACUUCAUUAUUGGGUCUCUGUAUUGGAGAAGCUGUGCAUGGGCAAAUCUGGAAGAAUGGGUUCGAUUCUCAUGUGUUUGUCCAGACUGCUUUGAUUGAUUUUUACUCGAAUUCGAAUAAAAUCUCUAAUUCGAGAAGAGUGUUUGAUGAAAUGCCUGAGAGAGAUGUUUUCGCAUGGACUACGAUGGUUUCAGCUCAUCUGCAGGUUGGGGAUUUGUGCUCUGCAAGGAGAUUGUUUGAUGAGAUGUCUGAAAGGAACAUUCGCACCUGGAAUACAAUGAUUGAUGGGUAUGCAAGACUGGGAAAUGUGGAGGCAGCUGAAUUGCUAUUUAAUGAAAUGCCUGCGAGGGAUAGAAUUUCAUGGACGAUUAUGAUCACUUGUUAUUCUCAGAACAAGCAGUUUAGAGAAGCUUUAGAUAUGUUUAAUAAGAUGAAAAAGAGUGGGAUUAGUCCUGACGGAGUUACUAUGACUACUGUUAUAUCGGCUUGCGCCCAUCUUGGAGCGCUUGACUUAGGGAAGGAAAUUCAUCUUUAUUUAUUGCAGAAUGGACUUGAUGUUGACGCUUAUAUAGGGUCCGCAUUGAUUGAUAUGUAUGCAAAGUGUGGGAGCUUAGAUAGGUCCCUUUUAGUGUUCUUCAAAUUGAAAGAGAAAAAUCUCUUCUGUUGGAGUUCAGUAAUAGAAGGUCUUGCGGUCCAUGGUUUUGCAAAUGAAGCACUGGCAAUGCUUGGUAGGAUGGAGAGGGAAAAAAUAAAACCGAAUGGUGUUACUUUUAUUAGUGUUUUAAGUGCUUGUACUCAUGCUGGGCUUGUUGAAGAAGGCCGUCGGAGGUUUCAGAGCAUGAUCAAUGAAUAUUCCAUAGCUCCUGAAGCUGAGCACUAUGGAUGCAUGGUUGGUCUGUUGGGCAAAGCUGGCUUGCUUGAAGAGGCAUUAGAACUAAUAAGAAGCAUGAAAUUUCAACCAAAUGCAGUUAUCUGGGGUGCCCUGUUGGGUGGGUGCAAGCUUCAUAGGAACUUGGAGAUUGCUCAUCUUGCUGUUAAGGAAUUAACAAUUCUGGAGCCAAACAAUAGUGGGUAUUACAUGCUUUUGCUUAACAUGUAUGCUGAAUUGAAUAGAUGGGCUGAGGUCAUGAAAAUAAGGUUGGCCAUGCAGGAACUAGGGGUCGAAAAGAGAUGUCCUGGUUCAAGCUGGAUUGAAAUUGAAAGGAAAAUAUAUCAGUUCGCUGCAUCUGAUAAAUCUCACCUAGCCUCUGAUAGGAUUUACUUGUUGUUGGUUGAAUUAGAUGGACAACUGAAGCUAGCUGGUUAUGUACCAGACCUCGGGUCUAUAUUAUAGCAAUUACCUGCACUGAAUCCAGGUUUUUCUUUUCUUGCAUGAUUGAGGCCUUGAAUUUCCUGUGGUCUGACAGUCAGUGAUACAUGAAGAUGAUUGCAGAAAAAAACAUAGCUAGGUUGUUGAUGCUUUCUGCAUAUGAUAAGCGUGAAAUAAAUUUAGUAUAGUUCUUAUACAGAUGUCUUCCGCUGACGCUGAGGGAUGUCAUGAGAAACAAUAGAGAUAAAUUUUAUUAAUUGUGAAUGGUAUAAUAGUUGCUCAUAGCCAAUAGUUGCUGAACCAUAGUUUAACUUGAUGAAAUAAGGGCUACGUAUAUAAUUUAUUUGAUUAACGCACGAACUCAAUAUUCUAGGAACUAGCAAUUUUGCAAAUUAUUGGCUAUGUUUGAUGACAUAAGAUGAAUGGGACUCUGCUCUGAUAAAGUUAAAAUAGCUACUAUAAUAUCAGUCUCUGCAGGUAUUGAAGUUGGAGUGCUUGAUUUAGUUAAAGGAACAUGUUGUGUGAUAAAUGGAUUUCAUAUUGAUGUUUAUGCAGAGUCUGCAGUACGUGAUAUGCAUGCUGAGUGUGGAAUCUAGAUAGGUGCAAUUAAAGGUCUUGCCAAUGAAAUAGUUGCGAUCUCGGCAAAAUGGAGAGCAGAAAAGAUCAAAAGCCAGAUGGCGUUUCGUUCUACUAGUGGUCUAAGUGCAAGCACUCAUUUAAAGUUUGUCGAACAAGGCUGAUGGAGGUCUCUGACCAAUAUUCCGUAUCUUUUGAUCAAGUUUAAACACUGUUGGUUCUUGGUUGAUCAAAUGAAUUUCUUGAAGAUGGCACCGGAACUGACAAGUCUCAAGAAGCAUCAAAUUUCUAGCAGGUAAAUUAACAGGGGUGUCUUGUU